AUGACGUAUUUCGAAAAACACUGUAUAGGUACCACAAAACUCAUGAAGACUCUAUCCUGGGGAUACCAGGAACUGAUCAUAUCCCAAACACAAACACUAGACAAGAUUAAACAAGCAUGGCACCAAGAGCUGGGACAUACAAUCCCAGACGAUACAUGGGAAAAACUACUUAGAAAAAUGCUACCGACACCCAGGUUGGAUAGCCCACAAACAUGUGUUCUGUUCAUGCUGCCAAGGGGUAUCCCGAAACACAUUGGGACCAUAAUAUACCACACUAUCAUAUCAGCAAACUUGCUGAUAUCCAGACUGUGGAAAAAAAUGAUAUCCCCCACAAUUGAUGGCUUGAUAAAGCAGGUAGAUCAAAAUUGGGAGUAUGAACUUAUGGCGACAACACAAUUCGACGCACGAACACACAUAAAUGAAGCACACGGAACAUGGAUAGCAUGUACAAAGCCCAAGGUACGAGAGCCAGAAGCCACAAACCCAUCAAAUUGA